CACCCUGCACUAUAUAUAAACACACACUAUGUAUAGCUUGUUCAUAGAUCUCCUCCAUUCUCCACUAAACCCUCCAUUAAAUCUAGAGAGAGAGAAGAGAGAGAAGGUCAAGUUUUUACCAAAAACACCAUGGCAAUGUCAGCAACUUCACCUCAUUCUCUCCUCCUGAAAAACCCUAACCGUCACCUUCUCAAAAGCCCCAACACCGUCACCACCACCCACUUCAAUGGCUUCCCUCUCAACCAAUCUUCGCGCCUCAACAAACCCAUAUCGAUCACCUGUUCGACAACCCAAGUCCAAGAUCGCCCAACCUCCACCUCCCAAUCCCAAGAUCGGGUCUUCAAUUUCGCCGCCGGUCCGGCUACUCUGCCUGAAAACGUGCUCAAGACGGCCGAAUCUGAGCUCUACAACUGGCGUGGAGCCGGAAUGAGCGUGAUGGAAAUGAGCCACAGAGGGAAAGAGUUCCUCUCAAUCAUCCAGAAAGCAGAGUCAGAUCUGCGUACCCUUCUCAGCAUACCCUCCGAUUACGCUGUUCUGUUCUUGCAAGGCGGCGCGACUACCCAGUUCUCUGCGAUCCCUCUCAAUCUGUUGAAACCCGAUGACCCAGUUGAUUACAUUGUCACUGGGUCAUGGGGUGACAAGGCUUUCAAAGAAGCCACCAAGUAUUGCAAGCCCUCUGUGAUUUGGUCAGGCAAAUCUGAGAAAUAUACGAAGAUUCCAUCUUUUGAUCAGUUGGAGCAGAACCCGCAUGCCAAGUAUUUGCAUAUAUGCGCGAACGAGACUAUUCACGGGGUUGAAUUCAAGAAUUACCCAACUCCAAAUAACAAAGAUGGGAUUUUGAUUGCAGAUAUGUCUUCGAAUUUUUGUUCCAAGCCUGUGGAUGUGACCAAAUUCGGCUUGAUCUAUGCCGGAGCGCAGAAGAAUGUUGGUCCCUCUGGUGUCACCAUUGUGAUCAUCAGGAAAGAUUUGAUUGGGCAUGCUCAGGAGAUCACUCCUAUCAUGCUGGAUUACAAGAUCCACGCCGACAACAAUUCGCUGUAUAACACUCCGCCAUGUUAUGGGAUUUACAUGUGUGGAUUGGUGUUUGAAGAUCUAUUGGCUCAGGGUGGUUUGGUGGAGGUUGAGAAGAAUAAUAUGAGGAAGGCACAGAUUCUUUAUGACACCAUUGAUCAGAGCAAUGGGUUUUACAGGUGCCCGGUUGAGAAAUCAGUGAGGUCAUUGAUGAAUGUUCCAUUUACAUUGGAGAAAUCGGAAUUGGAGGCUGAGUUUAUCAAGGAGGCGGCGAAGGAGAAGAUGGUGCAGCUCAAGGGGCAUAGAUCGGUUGGUGGCAUGCGAGCUUCGAUAUAUAAUGCCAUGCCUCUAGCUGGGGUUGAGAAGUUGGUUGCUUUCAUGAAGGAAUUCCAGGCAAAACAUGCUUGAUGUUGUGGUAAGCAUUCUGUUAUGUUUUUGUUUUGUUCUGUUUGGUGUUUUCAUGUUUGUUGUUCAACUUGGGUUAACAUUUUGGAAUACCUUCGGGGGUAUUUUGAGAAUAGCUAUGGUAGUAGGUUCAGUGAGAAGAAGUUUACUUGGAUUUGACAAUAAUCAUAUGUUAUUGUCAAGCAAUUUCAUGGGUCCUAUUCAUUGUUAUAUAGUAAACAAACUUUGAGAGAAUUCAUGGAAGUUAUUGUCCUAUGAAAUAAUGGAGCUGUGCCACUGUUCAAAAGGCAAGCCGGAAGUAGGAACUUAGUAAUUUAUGUCCUCUGCAAUCUAGCAAUUGUUAUAUUUGCUAUUAUUGAUUAUAUGUAUUUCUUGUUCUCAAGAAAUUAGCUUUAUCUAUUUAUGAUUAUAUUUAUUUCUUUA